ACGUUUAUCAGUCAUUUGAAUCACCCCAAAAUGAAGUUGAUAAAUCGCAAAAUAUAUCCUUUGAUUUUUAUAACAAGCAAUAUAGAAGGAUGCCUCUACUCCCAGUAAAAGGAUUUGACUCGCACCUUCGUGCGAAGUCAAAUCAAGAGGUAGUUGCUAAUAGACAAGAUUUACGUAUAGCUAAUAUAAAUGCCGCUCAAUUAUUGAAAGCAGAGUUAUGCACUACUUCAACAGCAAAUAUUAAUAUAACAAUUAAUAACUCAAAUUCAUCACUUCAAAUGGAUUAUGAAAGUUCUGAAAUUUCAGUUAAACAAGAUACCGUUGCCAGUAGCGAUGAGGCUUUAUCGACAUCACUUACGUUGCCAUCAAAAAGAAAAAAAGAUGAGAUUUAUGAUGAAAUUAUAACGACGAUUGAAGGAGAUGUUAAAGACGAUGACGAUAAUUUACCAAGCACGUCAAAAGAUGAAGAUGAAGAUCAUGUAGAUUCAAUUAGACUUUGGGAAGCAGGAUUUAAAGAAAGAUAUUAUAAGCAAAAGUUUGGAGUUGAACUACCGAAUAAAGAAUUUCAAAACAAUCUCGUAAAGAGUUAUAUAGAAGGUCUCUGUUGGGUUUUAAAGUAUUAUUAUCAGGGUGUUCCAUCAUGGAAGUGGUAUUAUCCUUACCAUUAUUCACCUUUUGCAUCAGAUUUUGUCGAUAUUGGUGACAUUCAAGUCUAUUUCGAAUUAGGUGAACCUUUCAAACCAUUUGAACAGUUAAUGAGUGUAUUACCUGCACAUAG